UUCUCGCUCUAAAACUUUUCUGUCAAAGCGCCAAUUCGAUCUUUCUUGCCGAUUUCUCUCGCUACAACUGCAAUGGCGGGCGCCAUCGGCGAUGAUCUCACGCGAGAGCAGUACUUCUACAUGGCGAAACUCGCCGAGCAAGCGGAGCGAUACGAGGACAUGGCCAAGUUCAUGGACAAGCUGGUUCGCAGCUGCACUCCUGCAAGCGAGCUCACAGCGGAGGAGCGCAACCUUCUCUCCGUCGCGUACAAGAACGUCAUCGGCUCUCUUAGGGCGGCGUGGCGCAUCAUAUCCUCCAUCGAGCAGAAGGAGGAGUUCCGGAGGAACGACGAUCACGUCUCCCUCGCCAAGGAUUACCGUGCGAAGGUGGAAACAGAGCUUUCGCAGGUCUGCGCCACCAUCAUCGAGCUGCUCGACUCCAACCUCAUUCCCUCCACUUCCUCCGGCGAGUCGAAGGCGUUUUACCUCAAGUUGAAGGGUGAUUACCACCGCUACCUCGCCGAAUUCCUGGUUGGAGACAAGCGCCGGGAGGCUGCCGAUGAUACAAUGGCCUCCUAUUCGGAUGCUGAGGACAUUGCUGUAUUCGAUCUACCUCCAACGCAUCCUACACGGUUGGGUCUUGCCCUCAAUUUCUCAGUAUUUCAUUAUGAGAUCCUUAAUUCAUGCGAGAAGGCACGUGCUAUGGCAAAAAAGGCAUUUGAAGAUGCCUUAGCUGAGCUGGACACUGUGAAGGAGGAUUCCGCUAUGCUAAUGCAACUUCUACAAGACAAUCUCGCUCUUUGGAGUUCAAAUCCACAGGAUCAAUUAGACGAGACUUGAUCAUUUAGUCUCUGAUUAUGAUGUGGGCUUGGAUUGCCAUUUGCUCCGUUAUUCAUUUUGUGUUGUUUGUGAAUAGUGUUCAUAACCUUGAG